AUGGAGAAGAGCAGCAGAUCGCACGGUGCUCGUUUCACCGCGUUUGCCUUCCUUUUCCUCGCCGUUCUCUUCGCGGAGGCGUCGAUGAUCGAUCGUCAGAGGCGAGAAUUCGUGAUACCGGACUGGAUCGAGAUCGUCGACGAGCCUGUCGCCGAGAACUCCAAGACCAUUCAAAGGGCGGUCAGAGUGAGGGACACGAAGGUCACUUACGAUGGCGCGCAAAUAUGGAGGGUCCAGGGCAGCGAGAACCAGAAGGAUUUGGUGUCGAACGUGAGCAUGGACUUUCAGGAGACUGGACUGUUCUCAUUGUGGGUCGGUAACGACACGAUGGUGGACGUAAUAGUCCGUUCAGAAGAGAUUCCUCGAGCUUCUCGUUACUUGCAUCAAAAGGACCUGCAGUACAAAGUGGUGAUCGAGGAUCUUCAAAGAGCGAUAGACGAGGAGAAUCCAACGCUCUCCGAGCAAGAGAUGGAGGAGCUAGAAGGACGCAAAGGUCAUCGAAUGGAGUGGAGCAGUUAUCAUAGACUCGACGACAUUCACGGAUAUCUCGAUUAUCUCGCGGAGACUUUCCCUAACGUGUGCUCUGUUGUCAGUAUCGGAAAUUCUGUCGAAGGAAGAGCUCUCAAGGUUCUGAGAAUUAGCAAUGGGAAGCCUAACGCGCCUGCAUUAUGGAUCGACGGUGGUAUCCACGCUCGAGAAUGGAUCUCACCAGCUGCAGUCACUUGGAUUAUCAACGAACUGGUUGAAAAUAGCGAGAGCCUCGAGGCUGAUUACUAUAUCCUUCCUGUGGCGAACCCUGAUGGGUACGAGUACACGUUCACUAGGGAUCGUUUGUGGAGGAAGAAUAGGAAAAGAUCGGUAGGCAGCUUGUGUACGGGAGUUGAUCUUAACAGAAACUUUGGUUAUCGAUGGGGAGGUAUGGGAACAAGCAAAGAUCCUUGUCGCGAGAUUUACGCGGGCUCUGGACCAUUCUCUGAACCGGAAACGAAAGCUAUUAGGAACUUUUUCGAAGCUAGUGCUGCUAAUUUUAAGGCAUACUUAACGUUCCACAGUUACGGUCAGUACAUUUUGUACCCAUGGGGUUACGAUAAACGUGUUCCACCAGAUUAUGCUGACCUCGACAGGGUUGGUAGGCAGGUAGCAACUGCCAUGAGAAAAGCAAAUGGUGCUAACAGUGCUUACACUGUUGGAAACAGUGCUACAACACUAUACGCAGCUUCUGGUGGCUCUGACGACUGGGCUAAAGCAAUUCUCAAGAUGAAAUACACGUACACGAUUGAAUUAAGAGACACUGGAAAGCAUGGUUUCGUUUUACCUGCUCGUUAUAUCAUUCCAACGGCGAAGGAAGCGUUGGCUGCUGUUAUGGUCGUCACGGAAGCUUGCAAGUCGUUGUAA